CUUCCACAAUUUUGAGGCACGGUUGAAAUACUCACACUUGUAGCCCUAGCCUUCUUUAAUUUGUGCUCAGCUGUGGUGAGGUUAGUUGACCAGAGUGGGGAAACUUUUGUUGCUUCUCAAACGUAAGAAAAGGGAUCAACACCGAUUUCAAAAUCUGGCAAGAUCUACCUAUCUCUGGCUGGAUUUAAAACCGUAAAUCGUCUCGAGGUUUUUCUUUUAGAUUUUCUUUUUGUUUAGAAAACCUAAAAGAUGGGAGCUCAGUUGUCCAAGGGUGGAGUAGCUGUUGAGGGAAAAGCCGUCGACGACCCGGCUGUCGCUAAAACAAAUGGCCAGGUAAGAGAGAAGUACAGUUGUACGCGUUCACAUUGGCACCCAAUGCCCACCUCCAGCGUGAGUUGGAUGGGCAACGUGUUACCAGGCUAGCGAGACCUCACAACUAACAGUUACAGUACAUUUGACUAAUUACCUAAACUUAUAUUAGGAUAAAAAUGUGACUAUUCGCAGUUGAACCACUUGUUUCGAUAGCAGAGAUGACAUUUUGUAAUUAAAUGCUUUAGCUAAUACUGUGCUUGGUUGAGUGGCUAAUUGAUGGGUGCCAUGCGCCACAACCACCACCAGAACCUUUUGUUAAAUUCGUCUCGAGUUUUUAGUCUAUCUAAUCAAGUAGCUAGUUGUCCGUUCUUUAACACCAGGCAAAGUCACAUAGUUAUCACCUGAAUGGAAAGCGGAUUUAAUUUAACUAGCUUUCUCUCAUGAGUUGGUACUAUAAGCCAUCAUCGGUCGCCCACUCGCGGAACAAAAGGUGCAAAGGAUGCAAAUGAGGUCGGCUCGUUGCAAACAAAGCGCACGGGCAGGACAGGAAAGCGUUCUGUUGAAAAAAGCGAGCAAUCAGACUUUUGUGCCAUUUUCGAUGUAAUCCUUUAUCCGUUGAGCUGGAAACACUAAAUUAUCUACUCAAACCUUGUUUUAUUGUACAUGCCUGCAUGCCCGUUAGCUGGACAAUGAGUCGCUAUGCUAACGUUAGCUGAUGGGUGCAAUUGCCAGUCUACCAUCUCAUUGAGGCGGCAUGUCUACAGUUGGUGCAUUCUUUAGCUAACGUUAGCAAAUAUUGUUAAUUUAUGCUUGGCCAAAAGGCUAGGACAUGUAAUCAUAUUGAGUGAAGUUAGUUUGGGUUAUUCGAAAGGCUAGAAAUGUACGAUAUUGACAUUUUGCAAUCUGCUGUUAGAUUCGAUGGUGAUUCCUUUGUUACAAAAUUCAGCUUGCUGUUCGACUGGCUGUGGUGGAGUGCGACUGACCCCACGUGGUCGAUACGAGUAAUGCAAACCUGCUGUGCAUAUGAAGCGCUUUGCAUUUGACCUAGUCAAGUAAUCGUCCACAAUGACACAACCUCUAUGUCGGUUGGCCAUAUCACACUGCCUUAUCUCAGAUAAUUAAAGUCUUGAUUUUUUUAAAAUCUCCUGAGCCACUUUCUUGAUCAACAUUGGCUUGUAGAUUGUUGAGUCAAUUUGAUAUUGGUAUGGGCUGCAUAUAAUGGUUACUGUAACUUUCUCCCCAUACCAGUUUAUUUUGCGAAUGUGUAAAUGGUUAUCUCACUGUUGUCCACAGGAGAAUGGCCAUGUUAAAACCAAUGGAGAUGUCUCUGCGAAGCCCGAUGGGGACACAGCUCCCGUAGACGGGAAUGACACAGCCGAGCCAGCCAAAGAGGGCGAGACAGAUGCCAUCGAGGCUGCCCCUGCUGCCGAAGGAGAGGCGGCUAAGGUCGAGGGGGAGGCCGCCAAGGAUGCCAAGAAGAAGAAGUUCUCCCUGAAGAACUCCUUCAAGUUCAAGGGCAUCUCGCUCAAGAAGACCAAGAAGAGCAGCGAGGGGGGCAAGGAGGAGGCUGCCUCCCCCACGGCAGAGGCCAAGUUAGAGGAGAAUGGCCACGCAGCAAAGGAGACGCCUGUGGCAGAGGCCAAGGAGGAGGCCACUCCGGCCCCAGAGGGUGAGGCUGCAGCAGCGGAGGCCGCUCCAGCAGAGGAAGCCGCUCCUGCAGAGGAGGCCGCCGCCCCCACAGAGGUCACGACACCCGUAGCAUCUGAGGCCGAACCCAAGGCAGAGUGACUGUGCCUCGUCGCGGCUACUUGAACUGUUUUUCCAAGAUUAAAGUAUAUAAAUAUAUGAGACUCGUGCCACGUUCUUAAAGUUAUAAACAAAACUACAAAUGAAGGCUAUAUCAUGUUUGCUGAUUCAGCCACCAGUUCACUGCCUUUAUCAUUUCUCUACUGAUGGAAUCUCACUAGCCCUCUCAUGAUGAAAGUGUUGGCUUACGGCGCCCCCUCAUGGUACACACUGGGACUGGCAUGUGGGGAAGGUAUUGGAUUGGAUGUAGAACGAAUCAGGAAUACUGACUUAUUUUCCCAAUUUAUGGAGAAGCAUACUUUUAACUGUGGCAGCCCUAUAACAUUGUAUUUUUUCUUAUCUUUUGGGGAUCUAAAAAUCGACAACGGUUAUGGAGCAGGGCAGACAACCUCCUUCACUCGAAAUGACUGUUAUAUGGAGACACAAACCUUUCAAAUCAUUGUAUACAUUUUUAAAAAUUCUACAUUCCUAAGUUUUACCCCCAAAUUAAGUAUUUUGUGCUGUAUAGAAAAACAAAAUUCAAGGAGGGGAGUUGGAUAAGGCAAUGUCUUUGUUUGUGCAUUCUGGUUAUUUUCUGGCUAAACCACAUUUGAGCUUCUGAGUCUUGCGGCGUUCACAUUUCAGAGUUUAUGAUGCAUAUGUUGGGUCGUGUAUACAAAAAUGUGAGCUUUUUAUCAGCAAGUUGUCUCUGUAAAUAUGUUUUGGCCAAUAUUUUUGUUUCUCUUUAUUUUGCUAUCGUUUAAAGAUGCUAAUGGUUUUAUUGUAACUUUUAAUAAGGGUAAAUAAAUGUUUGAUCCCCUCCUGAUCGUGUUUUGCCUUUGUC